GGGAUGGGAAAUCCUUGGUUAGCGACUACAGAAUUGGAGGGUCACCUAACUUGGCCAAAGAUGACAACAUGCAAUCAGAGAACACAGACCCAGAGGACAUCAGUGGGAGACACUUUCUCUUUGAUAAAAAGACUGCGAGGUUAGAGAGGACCAGAACUGUGAUUCCUCCACUGCCAAGAGACUACCACGUGCACAGACCUGGCAACCUGCAUCCCUUCAGCCUCUCCAAGGAGCUUUCCCACAGCCAUGCAGGGCGGCCCUUCACCCUGGGAUACCCUGAGAGAUAUGAGCUGAACACAAAUCCAGCCAUCUUCUUUCCCUCCACUUUAGUCCUCAAUGGCAGAAACACCUUCUCAGUUGAAAACUGCAAGCUCAGCAGGCCUAAGGUGAAUUACCCAACCUACAACCUACUGACUGUUAAAGACAAUCAGAAGGGCCAGUCCUAUCCAGACCCAGUGGUCGGAGCCUCGCGCUCUUUCAUCCACAGGAUAUCUGAGCUGUCCUCUUUGGAGGCUGAGACAGUGAGACAAGAAAAGCUCAAGAAAAUGAGGAAACCUAAAAAACCUCCAUCCUGACAAUCACCUUCUUCCCAGUCACACCGGUCAAGGAUUAAAACCUUCGAGUCUGUGCCAACAACAUCUGAACAAAAUAAAACGUUUAGGGCACCGUGUUCGUUUCAGUGGCUUGUACUAACUGCUUGUUUAUCCUCAGUGAUAUUAGUUUCCUGCUUAACAUGGCUGGUCUUCACAUUUUGGGACUUCUGACCCAAACCUCUCUCUUUCAGUGACCACAUAUAGUAUUUACUGUGGUAAAUUGCAGC